GAGGUGGUGACCAUGGAGACAGAUAUGGCCGAAAUGCCUGGGAAGAGCGCUCCGUCUUCCCAGGAUUCUCCCUUUUCCCAAGAAAAGAGGACAGAAGAGGGAGAAGUGGCAGCUUUGCGCCUCACAGCCAGAUCGCAGGGGAAACAACAUACACGUGACUGUUAAGUACGAAUUUAAGAAAACACCUGAAGUGCUGGAGUGAAUUAUGAACAUAUGUGAAAGUGGACAUUGCACAUUGCUGCUGUUUGUCAACGUGAUUUCUCAGGAUCCUUGUAUACUUGCUUGCCUCCAUUGGUUUCUCGAAUACCUUAUGUGAAUAUUGAAGACUUCAUUAGUCAAGAAGCUUUAAGUUGCACCUGAUGAAAACUCGAUUCAAACUGGCUUAAGUAAAAAGAGGCAUCAAUGACGUUCAAGGAUGUGGCCAUGGACUUUACCCCAGAGGAGUGGAGGAGGCUGGAUCCUGCACAGAGGGACGUGAUGCUGGAGAACUACAGGAACCUGGUCUCGCUCUGGCUUCCAGUUUCCAAACCUGAGAACCACAAUUUGGAGAAUGGAAAAGAACCAUUGAUGCUUGAGAGAAAAGCCCCCAAAAGCAGCUGUUCAGACUCAGAGACUAGACCCGGGAGCAAAGAUUCAACUUCAGUGCAAGAUUUUUCCAAAGAAGAAUCAUGCCAGGUUGCAGUCAUAGACAGGCUGACAAGGAAUGGUGUCUAUGACUCCAACUUGGAAACAACUCUCGCAUGUGAAAACCGGUUAGAGAAUCAGCAAGGAAAUCAGGAGAGACGCUUGAGAGAAAUGUUCACCCACAUGAAUUCACUCCCAGAAGAGAGAGCUCAUGAGCGUGAUGUUUACUGGAAAAACUUGAGCCAGAAGUCAGUACUUCUCACUCAAGACAGAGUUCCCAAAGGAUCCUGUGCCUUCCAUACCCUUGAAAAAAGAUUGAAACAGAAAUCAACCUUAAUGAAAAAGCAGAGGACCUACAAAGAGAAGAAACCUCAUAAAUGUAAUGACUGUGGUGAGCUCUUCACUUACCAUUCAGUUCUCAUUCGACACCAGAGAGUCCAUACCGGGGAAAAACCCUACAGCUGCACCGAGUGUGGGAAGUCUUUCAGCCACAGAGCGAAUUUAACUAAACAUCAGAGAACUCACACUAGAAUUCUCUUUGAGUGCAGCGAAUGCAAGAAGGCCUUCACAGAAAGCGCAUCCCUUGCAAUACAUCAGAGAAUUCACAUUGGAGAGAGACCGUAUGAGUGCAGUGAGUGUGGGAAAGGCUUUAAUCGAAGCACACACCUUGUGCAGCACCAGCUGAUCCACACAGGGGUGAAGCCUUAUGAAUGCAACGAGUGUGAUAAAGCCUUCAUUCAUUCUUCAGCACUCAUUAAACAUCAAAGAACUCACACUGGAGAGAAACCCUAUAAAUGUCAGGAAUGUGGGAAAGCCUUUAGCCACUGCUCAUCCCUUACCAAACAUCAGAGGGUUCAUACCGGAGAAAAACCCUACGAAUGUAGUGAAUGUGGAAAAACUUUCAGUCAGAGCACACAUCUUGUUCAGCAUCAGAGAAUUCACACCGGAGAGAAACCCUACGAGUGUAACGAAUGUGGGAAAACCUUCAGCCGGAGCUCAAAUUUUGCUAAACAUCAAAGAAUUCAUAUUGGGAAGAAACCAUACAAAUGUAACGAAUGCGGAAAAGCCUUCAUUCAUUCAUCAGCCCUUAUUCAACACCAGAGAACUCAUACUGGGGAGAAACCCUAUAGGUGUAACGAAUGUGGAAAAAGCUUUAAGUGCAGUUCAUCCCUCAUCAGACAUCAAAGGAUUCACACGGAAGAGCAGCCCUGAGGAAUGACUGAAUGUGAAGAAAUGUGAGUUGGUUUUAUCGCUGUGUUAAAUACCUGAGCAGUUUGUGUGGAAGACCCAUAAACUGCUGCCUGAGGACCAGUUCUGUGUGUAUCUAACUCUACUUGCAUAAUACAUAGCUUUGAGGCAUAAACAGAAUGUUCCUUAUAUCCAUUGAUUUGAUCAUUCUGAAUGCUUGCAGCCAGGAAUCUCAAAGGUUGAUCCCUAACCCACCCCCUUGCCCCGCAAUACCCUUUUGUGGAAAUUCAGAAAAUCCUUGGGAGUAGGUAGUAAUGCAAUCAAUAUGAAAUUCAGUUCCCCCCUCUUUGUCACAUCAAAGCCUGUUAUAGCAUCUCACUUUGUAAGGACAUUCUUAUCUGGUAGGUGAGGCAGAGGGUUCAUAUUCUUAUCAUCGGGAAGACACAGAGCUAUUGCUCUUUGAAUCCAAAGUGGAGACCCAGAUAUACAGAGAAUGUCAUUUCUUUUACAUUAACUAUAAAAACUUAAAGGUUAAGAGCUGAAAUGUGCUUUGGAUUCCCUCCCAACCCCAAAGGCUACUGUCUCAUUUGAUGAAUAUAAGAGGUCUAAAUUAUGCUCACAUGGAUUAUGCUGAGAUUUAGAUAAUUAUUAUCCCCCCGCUGGGUACAUCUUCACUUUACACUUCCUUGGAAGUUACCCUGAGGUAGAGAAAGAGUCAGAAUCUUAACUGUAGUUUUUGAUCAAGUCCCUCUUUUCUUAUCCUUGGCACUGAAUGAAUCCUUGGUUUUCUGUAAUCACAGUAUUAGGGAGAUUUCAUUUCUUUACCUUAUUCUGCUCUCUGUAAAGUAUGUUUUGUCACUUGGAGAGAAAGCCCCUGGGAUGUGCAGAGUGAGAAGUUGAUGGGUUCCAUGUGUGGUUACAUGUAGGGUCUCGGACAAGAAGAAGAACUGAAGCAGCUUUGAGGCACAAACACCUUCGUGUCACAUACAGAAGAGAGUCACAGGACAGUGACUUCAGGAGGGCAAGCGGCUUCUCCCCCUACCCCGCACCCCGGGAAGAAGUUGCCGUUUCUCAGGCCUCACGUUUACCCACAUUUUUUUGUUGUCCUGUAUGUUGGUUGGUCUUUGCUGUAUCCCAGGGCCCCAAGGAAGGUAGAAAAGGCUUGAAGCCACAGUGAUUGAUUGACAUAAGUUACAUGGGUGACCAAAGAACCGUGUGGUGGGAUUGGAAACACAAAAGCAAAAGUUCAAAUAAAUAUUUAGCAAAACACUAUACAAAUGUCAAUUUUUAUUGUUGCUCUGUUAUAUGGUGUGAGAAGAAAAUUAUAGAAAAGAUAGAGAGGGAAAGAUUAGUUACAGGUUUCUUCUUUCUCCUCUCCUAAAUCCUAUCCUUGGACAUUCAGCAAUCAGCUUGCACUCUUCCCCCUCCACAUUAUCCCCGUUACUUCUUAUAAUUCUUAUAGCUUCCUCUGUAGACCUUAGUUCUAUUACUGAGGAAAAGAAGAGGUAUAGAGUUUAAAGAAGUGAUAAAAGAGAUCAAGGUCAUGUCUAAUCCAGCAACGAUGGAAAUCAAAACAAUAGGAAGUGAGACGGGAAGGACUGGGAAGAAAGAGGCUUUGAAAAGAAUUUUUAAAAAACAAGAAUAUAUUGAAAGGGGCCAAGGUCUGAAAGGUGGGGGUCGGAGAAUGGCUGACACAGGACAAAAUAAACAAAAUAGAGCUCAGCCCUCUCAUCACCUCGAUAUUCAGAUUAACGGUCUGAGGUGCAAGUUGAUAAGCUAUGGCCUGGACCCACUACCUAGUUCUGUAAAUAAUGUUUAAUUGGAACUGGGCCUCACUCAUCAUUUACAUGUGUUUGGCUGUUUUUGUGCUAAAACAGCAGAGUUGAGUAGUUGCAGCAGAGAUUACAUGUCCCGGAAAAUAUUUGCUGUUUCUCAACAGGCCAAAUGCUUGAGUGAGAAGAAAUUCAUCUGGGGGCCAAUAUUUGGCUAACCCAAGAUCAAUGGGUUUGGAUUCUGCCACCUCCACUUGGCAAUUAUGUGACUUUGGAAAGCUACUUACUCUUUCUGAGCCCCAGUUUGCUUACCUGUAAAAUGGGGACAGAUCAACCCUCUCUCAAGGCUGUUGUGAGGAUAAGACAAUGAAUGUAAAGAACCUGGCACAUAGUCAGUUGUAUUGAGAGACGUCCCCCACUUCUCUCUCUCGCUCUCUCUGUCAUUAGUUUCUAGGAGCCCUCACAUACGGUGAAAUCCACAGAUGCUCAAGCCCCUUAUAUAAAAUGGUGUAGUACAGUCGGCCCUCCGUAUCUGUGGCUUUUGCAUCUUCAGAUUCAACCAACCAUGGAUGGAAAUUUGGAUCCACUGUUGGUUGAAUCUGCUGAUGCAAAACCCUUGAAUACGGAGGGCCAACGGUAUUUAUUGAAGAAAUCCCCGUAAGUGGACCUGAGCAGUUCAAAGCCAUGCUGUUGGAGGAUCCACUGUUACAUAUAUUUUAAUGAAGUGGUGAGUCUGCUUUAGGCUACGUGUAACAAAAUAUCAUUGACUAAGUGGCUUGUUUAUAAACAACCUUCUUACAGUUCCAGAGACUGGGAAGUCCAGGAUCAAGGCCCUGGCAGAUUCAGUGUCUGGUGAGGCCCCCUCCCCAGUUCUCAGAUGGCUAUCUUUUCACUGUAUCCUACCAUGGUGGAAGGGCAGGGGACCCCUCUGGGGCCUCUUUCAUGAGGGUGCUAGUCCCGUUCAUGGGGGCUCUACCCUCAUGACCUCAUCACUUCCCAAAGGUCCUGCCUCCAAAUACCACCACUUCGGGGAUUGGGGUUCCACAGGAAUUUGGGGGGGGGACACAAAACAUUCUGUCUAUAGCAAGUGACUAAGCAUCAAUCAGAAAUGACUUAAGAAUGAGUCUUCCACACCUUUACUUAUUGAUCUAAAGCCGACCAUCCUGCUCCCUGGCGUAUCGUAGAGAAGGGCUUCACUUCCUUCUGCUCUUGCUUCCAUCUGGUGCGCUCCCAGCACAGCCUCCUGGAGACCUCGUGGAAUCUGCCUUUUUUCCUUCUAAUUAUCACUUAACCAGGAGCCACACCAUGGUUCCAGAGACUCAAGUAUUAUUGUCGUUUAAUUAGUGUCAAAGGACUUAACUCUAAGCUAGUUUUACUGAGAGCUCUGGCGCUUUGCAUUUCAGUAUUUGUUCCUUUUAUGCUUGGAGUUCAAUCAGUUCUAACUGUGUAUUUGUGCUCCCACAGGAAUCUUGGAAGUUUUAGUGUUCUGCUUUCCAAAUGUUUUUGGUUACCUGUAAACAAAAUUUGAUUGUUCUUAUUGGCCCACUGUCAAUAAAGAUGUCGUUUAUA